GGUUCUUUUCUCCCGCCACAUGAAGCCAACGAUAAAAACCCAAAUUGGAACAUUUCCCCAAUAUUUCCCGCCAUCAAAAACCCUAACUCUCGUGACUCUCUGGUUUUUCCGACCCCAAUUCUCUCCUUUUUCCCGGAAAAUUUCGCAUUUUCCCAGCAUUUAAGAGCUCAUUUCGGCUCCUUACGGAAAUCUAGGGGUUUCGUCAUAUCCAAUCUGAUAAUGGCAGUGCUAAAUUGGAAGCACCACGCGCUCAUUCAAUCGUUGCUAUCACGUGGCCCUCUAAAGGAAAAGGAGUUCCAUUCCAUCUUCACUGGCAUCACUGGUCAAAAUCCAGGUACCCAUCAAGAAAAAUUUAAUGAUUAUCUUCUCAAGAUAAACAGGGAACUUUCGUUUGUUCAGUUGGAUUUAAGGGCUUGUAGAGAUCAAUAUGAUGGUCAAGUUUAUUAUGGAGUUGUCAAUAAUGUUUCCGACGAACAAUCAAAGCUUGGAACCAGAUAUUCUGUCCCACAAAUUGCUUUCUUUAAGGCCAUUAUUGAGGCAAUAGCACAAGAUGUUACAGCGCAGGGUACCAUAUCCAACAUUGAUGCUCUCAAUAUUAAAUUGGAGAACCAGGUUCUUAACAGCUUAGGAUCACAAUCUCAGGAUGGUUCACUUAAUGUUCCUGCUGCAUUCAGGAAUUUCACAUUGUCUCAGAAGGAAAAAACUCUUGAUCAACUUGUGCAGGACAAGUGGCUUUGUUUCACUGAAGAUGGUAAUGUUGGAGUUGGUGUCAGGUCCAUUCUUGAUCUGCGCAGUUGGUUCCGUAAUGCUGAGGUUCCUUCAUGUGAAGUGUGCAAUGAAGCUGGAUUGAAGGCCAAAUUGUGCCCUAAUGAAGGUUGUACAGUUCGAAUUCACCAGUACUGCCUAAAAAGGAGAGUUUGUCAGAGGGGUGUAAUAGUUUGUCCAAGUUGUGAUACUCAGUGGCAAUAUCAACCACCCAAGGCAGAACCCAUAGAACUAGAGGAUGAAGCAAGUGGGCCCACUCAAAGCCAGCCACCUUCCAGAUCCACUCAGAGCCAGCCACCUCUAAGAUCCAGGAGAAAGAGGCAAAGACUCAGCCAAAAUGAUGAUGCAGAAACCGCAGGAUGUAGUUCUCAGGCUGCAUCACAAGCUGAUUCUGAUAUGAGAAGAGUAACUAGGAGUUCUGCACGCCUGAGGUGAAUGUAGAGGGGCAAAUUAGAUGGUGAUUACUGUACAUUUUGUUAGAAAAUGAACUUGUGUUCAUGAAGUAUGCUUAUAUGAUUUUGUGAAGUAAUUGUGGAUGACUCAACCUUUUGGAUGCCCAAUCUGGCAAAACUUAAUUAUUUAUCUUGUAUUCAUAAUUAGCUUGAAGGUAUUUGGUGAUUAAUUAUACACCCCAUUUGACUUCAGAAAUGGGAUUUCCUUCAUUCA